AUGCCUGCUCUCACCCUCCAUCUACUCAGCCUCUCGACCGAGCCGGCCUCCUUCCUGCAGGCCCUCCGUAAAUCCCGUAAAGUCAUCGUUGCCUCGCGACCGCGCCAUGUCGUCAUCCACCCCGAGCUCCUCGACACCAACGCCCUGACAAAAACUCCCUGGGACCUCCUAGUCCUCAUCCAACCGACAGACAAAAACGAAUCCCCCAUUCCAGAUUCUCUCAAAUCAUCCGUGAAAGCGGAAUACACCCUCGCCGUCGGCAUCCCGUCCAAGCUGCUCGCCAGCUACGAAGCCCGCGACAAGCAGCUCAAAGCAAGCGCGUCCAGCGCGCCGCUCACAGGCUCCCUGGCGACAGCAAGAUCCAAAACCUCGUCGCAGAGUCUAGAAGUCUCGCCCGCCCUGCUCGAGUUCAUGGACUCGCUGAGCGGCAAGCACGACGGACCCGUCACCAUGCUCAACCUGUUGCAUUUCCACCACCCCGACGGCAAGAAGAGCUACUACCAGUACGGCCAGGCUUUUAUUCCCGUGGCCGGCAAGCGUGGCGGCAAUGCGAAGCUCGUGGGCAACGUGGUGCCGCCGGCGACCGAGGUGGAUUCCCGAGGUAGGAUGGACCGUCCGGCGGAGGACUGGUGGAAUGAGGUUUCCAUCGUCCAUUAUCCGUCCAUUCGGCAUUUCUGUGAUAUGCUCGCCGGCGAGGACUAUCAGGCUAUUAAUGAGAAAUAUCGCCUUUCGGCCCUUCGAGACACCUUUUUGCUGUGCACGACCGAGUUUGAUGUGGAACAGUCUGCAGCUAAGCUUUGA